CUGGGCUUUCCCAUUCCAGAAAUUAAAAUAGCUUAAAAGAAAUGAAAAGUUCAUAUAACUUUGUGGCAGUCAACUAGGAACACCCAUCUGGGAUAAUCAGAACAUGCAGAAGGAAUAUGGAUCUGGAAUGAUCUUCCUCAAACAGAACUGCCUUGAUAAAUGAACUGCAUACAUCAGGGGGGGAAAAAAACAGGUCGAAAACAUCAAAAACUUGUUUAUUAUUUUGUAAUAUUUUAUUCAAUUUUAAUAAAAGUAUUGACCAGUUGGUGGAUAUUUUUUCCUUGGAAGAAAUGGACUUCUUUCCUAAAGGUUUUGCUAGUAUUCAUUACUGCUAGAAAUUUUUGAGCUAAGGUUUGGGCCAACUGUCGUUCAGCAGUCCAGAAGGGACUCCCAGACUUUUCAUACUGUGACUCAGUUAACUCUGUUUAUACAGCCAACUCCAUUCAUUCACUGAACUCAAUCACACCCUUUGAGGUGGCUGAAAGAUUUUAACAGCUUGUCAGGGUACGCUGUCAGAUUCAUUAGAACUGAACAUUUACAAUUGUUUGGCAUUUUCAAUGUGUAUAUGCAUAGAGACAUGCACACACAACAGCUGGAAAAAGAGGUGGAGACAUCUGGUCAUUUAGAAGGCAUGCAGCAUCAUCCUAGCUGGCGACCAGUGGAUUCUUAAACUACUUCCAUCAUGUUGAUUCACUGGAGAAAUGAGCUUCCUGGUUCAGACAUGCCAAAUUAUCAACAGGCUCUUUUGUUCUCUGUGUUCACCUCGAUUUUUUUGGAGUGGCAAGUGCUCAAGGACCAGAAGGAAUUUGCUUUUGGGCACUGCUUUUGUGAUAUAUUUGGGCUUCCUUGUCAGUCAAGUAGGUCGUGUUGUACCACAACACAGAAAAGGACUAUCAAAAGCAAACACUUGGAAUCUUCAAGAUGUUGCUCAACCUCAUUUUUCUGAAAUCCCAAUGGAUAGCACCUGGUCAUUUUCUGACCUUGAAAAAUCUAAAAUGGGGACAGAUAACACAUCAAUGUUGCCUAAUGUGGUAUACAUCACUUUGCGAUCCAAGAGAAGGAAACCUGCCAAGAUUCGGGGCACUGUGAGGCCCAAGCAAAGAAAGAAGCAAGUAUUACCUUUGCAGUAUGGGAAUGAGAAUUCACUAGAUGGCAUAAUCCAACGUAAGCCAUUUUAUGGUAAAUCUAUGAACAAGAGAAAAGGAGGAGCAGUUCCAGAGAAAGCUAGGCAGAAACAACAGCAGAAAGAAAAACAAAUGAUUCAAAAUAUAAAGCAUUGGAGACCUGAAAUGACUAUAAGAGGCCUAAAUGUUCAAACUAAUGUUCAGGAGAGCAAUAUCAGGAUGUACAGUGAGAGUCCACCUUCUUGGUUGAGUAAAGAGGACAUCCUAAGUAUGCGUUUUAUGGCAGAUUCCAAAAUAAAUAGUAUCCAAGAAGUGCUUACCCAACAUGGAGUACUUCUAGUAUUUGGGAGAACACAGUUUGAUAAUAAGUCAGCCAAAGAAGACAUAUGCAGUCAAGGUCACUGUGGCAUCAUCGGGAGACCACUUGAAAUGAGUGAAGUGUUCGCUUUCCAUUUGGAUAGGAUCCUAAGGCUGAAUCGGACUUUGCCUACCAUAAGCAGAAAAUUGGAAUUUGUACAAGAUGAUGGACCACGCCCUGUCAUUCUUUGGGAUCCCUCCUUGACUCAGACAGACAACGAGACUCAUUCUUCACUGAGACUCACCUGGGGAGACUACAGGAAGCAACUAAAGGAAAAGUGCUGGCAAAAUGGUAAAGUACCCAAAGCAGAACGGGGAUGUACCGAUAUCCAUUACCAUGAAUGGUCCAAGAUGGCACUUCUUGAUUUUCUUUUACAGAUCUAUCAUCGCUUGGAUAAGAACUGUUGUGGAUUCAAACCACGCAAAGAGGAUUCCUGUGUACAGAAAAGGCUAAAUCGGCAAUGUGAUGACCAAGACAACAUAGCGUUGACACACAUUAUUCAGAGAAAGGAUGACCCAAGGCAUUUGGUCUUUAUACAUAAUAAAGGUUUCUUUGACAGAAGUGAAGAUAAUCUGGAUUUCAAAAUAUUACAAGGCAUUAAUGAAUUCCCCGAAUCUGCUAUUUCUGUGCUGAAAAGUCACCAUUUGCGGGAAAAACUGCUUCAGUCAUUGUUCCUGGACAGAAUUUUUUGGGAUAGCCAAGGAGGGCGUCAAGGCAUUGAAAAGUUGAUUGAUGUUAUAGAGCAGAGAGCCAAAAUACUUCUCACCUACAUUAAUGCUCACGGAGCCAAAAUAUAUCCAAUGAAUGAAUGAGUCAGAAAUCAUUAAAGACAAACACACACUGAUGAAAAAGUUCUUGAUAUAUUUAUGUUGUAAUUCUAUAUACUUGGCUGAAUACAAAUUCAAUGAAGUUUAUGAGCUUAUUUAUAGAUUUAUUCUGACAAACAUCAAAUUAUGUUGGGAAUUAAUUAUCAGAUUUCACAUUUAAAAAAUACAUGUUGCUCUUAAUAUAUAUAUAUAUAUAUAUACACACACACGCACGCACACACACACACACACACACACACAUUGCUAAUGGAAUCCUAAGGUGUUUUUGUUUUAUAAAAGCAUCCUUAUCUCCAGGGUUGUAUAUAUUCAGAUAAUUGUAUUCGGAUAUUGUAUUCAGCAAAGAAGACUAGUUUUGCCUAUUCUUCCCUAAUCUCCAGUUACCUGAAAAUGAUACAUCGACAUUGCAGGAUCCUGCUGAAUAGAAUGAGUUUUAAUAGAGGAACACGGAUAAUUCCUAAAAGUCCUUGAAGAUUUUCCUCUGUUUGUUUGAUUUUAUUGGGAAUAAAAUAAAACAAUUGGAGAGAACAUUAAUAACAAAUAUUGCAACUUUCUAUUAAUUUCACUGAAACUGUUUUUAUGAUAGUUGCAAAUACUUGCUUAAUUAAAAUGCAAAUAUAGAAGGGGUUUUGCUUUUUCCCAAUGAAAAUAAUUGUCCUCAAUUUAUGGUGACAUUUAAAUUAAGCUCUAAUAUUGUUUAGUAAAUUCACUAAAUUCUUUCUUGUAAUUAGAAAAAUGUUAUUAAAUUUAUAAACAUAUAUGUCAUAAACUAAAUAUAUAUCUAAUGCAAAUGUUAAAAUAUUUCUUUGUUUGAAUGUUUGGAUUAGUAUGUGAUCAUAGCAGGUAUCCACAAUGUUCAUUAGUUGGUUCAAACUGAUAUAUGAAAUAUAGCUCCACUGCUACCAUACAUUCCUUCUGGGCUCACAUUUUCCCGUUAUAGGCAUAUAAUAGAAAAAUUACCAAGCCAAAAAAAAGGCAUCUUUGCAUUACAGCUGUUAGAACAUUGCAGUGCCAAUAGAAUUACUGGCAGAAUUCCCCUGACAUCAUUUAGACUAUUCUUGAGUCCUGUGCAAGCAAAAUAAAAAAAUUUUUUUAAAAAUCUUCCUCUGCGCUUUCUUACCUUGUUCUCUGGUGGUUUCAAUUUCUUUUUUUAACUGAUAUUAUUAUUAAAAUAGGAAAAAGUGCCAUAAAAGAACAUUCUGCAUAUCUUUCCAUAACUAAGUUCCUUUAACUAAGAUUUUAGAAGCAAAGCUGCAGACCUCUGGAAAGAUCUUCACACAUUUGUAGUCAUCCAAAAUCAUAUAUACUCACAUUUUGACCAGCAUUUUGUUCGUUUUGAUAUAAAUUUUGAAAUAUUUUUGCAUCAAAUUGAAUGAGAAUGAUAAAAGAACAAACAAUUGUUUCUUGAAUAUAUUUUGAAAGUUGUGUUUUUAGAUCAAACAUGACCAGAAAUUUCACCAAUGAAAUAAAGUUUUCAGUGUGCAAAACAAAGACCAUUGUAACUUUAGACUAUUUAACUUGCCCCCUUGCAUUCUGAAAUAGUAUAAUUAUUCUUUCCACUAAUAUAUUCCAAGAACAUUAAUGAAAAACAAACCUUUUUUCCAAAAAAGUUUUUAUUUUUAUUUCUCAUAAACAUAUUUACAUGUACAGUACAGUACAGAAAUAAAAACAAAAACUUUUUUUGAAAAAAACAAACCUAUAAGGGUUCAAAAUAUUAUUAUUUGCAUGGAGGUUUUAUGCCAAAUGUUAGUGUUAUUCCAUUAAAAAGUUGGAGACAAAUCAUCCUGAGCCCCUGCCAGCAGAUUUUUGCCUUGGCUUUUUAAAUUCAUUAUGUUAAAUGAAUUUUAAAAAGUGUUUAUAUUAGUUAAACACUUUUACAAAAUAAAAGUGGCUACCAAAGAAAUUUUGAAAUAUAUUGACUGAUUAGCAGUAGAAUUUUCUAUUAUAGAUGCCCAUCUUAUAGAGAAACAGUAGUCCUCAUGACUUAAUAUGGUAAUGUAGUCAUAUAUGUUUGCAAAUGGUUGAUCCCUUUUAACUAUGCAUGGAAUUUCACUGAUUUGAUGAAUCAGCUGGAAUGAGUGGGAACACCUACACAGAAAAGAAAUUGAUUGAAUCAACAAGACAGCAUAAAACCAACCUUUUUAUACUGCUUUAUCAUAACAUUCUGAGUAUCUUCAUUUGUCUUGUCCUUUUAGUAUGUUAAAGUAUACCAAUUGCUAUCUUUAAUCAUACACCGUCAGAAAAGUUACACUGAAUGUAAAUACUAAAUAACUCAUGUAAAAAGUAUGCUCUUUCUUUCUGAAAUAAAAUGUUUUGUCCCCUCAUCUAUAAAUGGAAGUCUGUGUUUCAACUAUAUUCUGAGCAGUUGCUGAACCAGAAUAGUGUCUCUAUUUAUAUUUAUUUGUAUAUUUAUUUCUUCUCCUUUUCCAUGAAUUUUUGGAUGGACAAAAAUACUAUACUAUAUUAACUCCCAUUAUUUGAAAACAAUAACACUGACUUCCACUAAAAAGAAUAUUCCUACGUAUUCAUGAUGACAUAAAAAGAACUUACAUUUGAUUCUAGAAUAAGAUAAGAGUGCUUAUCUUAUGUUCUUUGCUGAGUGAAACGUCUUGAUUAGAAUUUUUAUUAUGAGCAAUUUUCUGCCAGUGGGAACUGCAUCAUCUGUUUAAUAGCACAAUCAAAUUGAUGGACCAUCCAGUUAUUAAAUUUCCUAUUUAGAUCUCAACACCCAUUUUGGUGGGCAAGAAUGAAGUUGGAGCAGGCUUAGAACUACAGCAUUACUGUAUGUUUUCAUGCUUAGUAACAACUUGAAUUUAUUUUAAAGCAUAGACAAUCUUAACUUCUUCGUUUAGCCUAUCUAAAAAAAAUGGUCCAUCACAAUUCAAGAUAAAAAACGAAGAGAAGAUUUAAAAUUAUUUGCACAAUUGUGAUUCUGUAUUAUAGGUUAUAGGUUAUAAUUGUUCAUUACACUUGUCCUAAAAAUCUACUAAUAUGUAGAAGGAAAAGCAUUAUAAAAUAUGAACUAGAGCAGCAAAUAAAAUAUUUUCCUGCUACCUUAAAAGUUGCUUGUUACCCAUUGUUGAACAAUCAAUUAGCAUUAGAGGUAGAUCUACCACAUCUACCUUUUCUCCUCAAUAAAGGCCCAGAAUAUUCUGUCUAAAACGAUUGCCUUUAAAAGCCAGUAUAGUGGAUUGAUUAAGCUGUUUGACUAGGAAUAAGAAAUUGAGAUUCAAGUCCAUUCUCAGCCGCUGGGUGACUGUGCUAAUCACUCUUUCUCAGCCUAAUAUAUCCCAAUAAGAACAGCAUAUUGAUAAGUUAUUAGGAAGUUUUUUCUUUGCCUAAAUUACAUUAUGAUGUGAUGUUCCAGUGUGUGUACAUUGUGUGUGUACAUUUUGCCUUCUUUUUCUCAAUGGAAUCCAAGAUUUAAAAUAAAAACAAAGAACCAAACAUAAGCAUACUUAGAAAGUUAUUAUGUGACCUUCUAACAUUGUGCCAAGAUCAUGAUUCCUUUUGAAGUCAAGAUUCUAUUGUAUUGUCAAACUAGCAAUAAAGUCAAGGAGAUGAGUUAAAGAAGGUGCUAUGCAGUAAGGAUGCUGACACUGCACAACAGUCCCAAUUGUCCCCAGAAUCCCCUAGAGUCCAACUUUACAAAUAGAAUCUUACAUCAGUUACUUGUGAGAAAGAGCCUCUGAAUGUCACCAGGAUAUCCCAAGUGACCAUAGCAAUUCCACUAUCACUGUCCUGGGCUCUUGGUUGAUGCCACACCCAAUCCCAAAUGGGCACAGCUUCAAAAGGGAACCCGCAACUCUCAACACCCACAAGGUCUCGGUACUGGACAGUUUUCAGUCAAAGUUCAAGCAGGGCUAUCUUACCAAGAUGGCAGUGGUCAUGCUUGUAGAUGACUUCUGAAUAAGCUGGGAUGAUAGUUUAUUUAUUUAUUUUAUUUAUUUAUUUGUCAAGUA